AAGACACACUCCUUUUCCUCCAUUCUGCGUUGUCCACUUGUCGCUGCCUCAUUGGAAGUAUACGGCGCCACCCCCACUCUCUCUCUCUCUCUCCUCUUUUUCUUCUAUUCAUUCAGCUCUCUCUCGCUAAAUCACGUUCGACGUUACCGCACGCGGGCGGAGGAAGAAGCAAACAACGGCGGAAGGCGAUCGGCGUCCGGCAGGCGGGAAAAAAAAAAGGCCGCAAGGUAAACCAAAACGGCGUCAUUGUGCGGGGAGAGAGUCCCAGGAUAGCAUAAUUAAAGAUUGUAGCAAUUCCAUUCCGCCAUUAUCGCGGGGUAAAGAAGAAUUCAUCAAUUCAAAGCUUUUACUUUCUGCCCCUCUGUGGAGAGCGGAUACACACUGCUCCGCAAAAAUAUCCAUCUGCUUAGAGAAAAAUAGGCAAAAAAAAAAAGGAAAGAGAAGAACCGUUUUGGUUUCUCUUUCUCUCUCUCACAAUCCUCCCCCCAUGGCUUCCUGGUUCUGACCCUCUCGGAGGCCCCGUUCUGUGGUUCUUACAAUCUCCGUUCCCGCCGUCGUCUUACCCUUACGUUUCGAUCUCAUUUGUCGUCGCUUCUCUUAUUUUCCUGUUUUCUGAUCUGGUACCUUUUCCCCCCUUCCUCCCGCGCGCUCUGCAUUUGGUUAAGUUUCUGUACGGUUUCCUGUUUGAUUUUUGGCGUUUCGGUUUUUGGUUUUGCUGAGAGGUGAAGGUCUUGUUUGGAUACGUUUGACAAUGGCUGCUCCGCCCGCCAGAGCUCGAGCUGAUUACGAUUACCUCAUAAAGCUACUUCUGAUUGGCGACAGUGGUGUGGGCAAGAGUUGCCUUCUUCUGCGCUUCUCUGAUGGCUCCUUCACUACUAGUUUUAUCACCACUAUAGGUAUUGAUUUUAAGAUCAGAACCAUCGAGCUUGAUGGCAAGAGAAUUAAGCUUCAAAUUUGGGAUACAGCAGGCCAAGAGCGUUUCAGAACGAUCACAACUGCCUACUACCGUGGAGCUAUGGGAAUUUUACUGGUCUAUGAUGUUACUGAUGAAUCAUCUUUCAACAACAUAAGAAAUUGGAUCCGCAACAUUGAACAACAUGCUUCUGAUAAUGUUAACAAGAUAUUGGUUGGAAACAAGGCAGACAUGGACGAAAGCAAACGGGCGGUGCCUACAGCAAAGGGACAAGCACUUGCCGAUGAGUAUGGGAUCAAAUUCUUCGAGACUAGUGCAAAGACAAAUCUAAACGUGGAGGAGGUUUUCUUCUCAAUAGCAAGGGACAUCAAGCAAAGGCUUGCAGAUACCGAUUCAAGGACCGAGGUAGUUUCCUUGUUGUCAAAAGAUACUUUCGACUCCUACUAUGAUGAUCAUUUUUUGCAAUGCCAGCUCUCCUAUACUGUGUUUUCUUGUAUACUUGCCAGCCAACGACCAUUCGAAUCAAUCAAGGAGAUCAAGCAGCUGGUGCUGGCCAAGAGGGCCCGAAAUCGGGUUGCUGCGGAUAAGUUACAGAAGGUCCCAGCUCGUAUGUUUUUGUGUAGGAUCCUGAAUCCAAAGUAGACCCUCCACCCACUUGGAUUGAAGGCAAAGCUAAUAGGGAAAUGCAGCUAGUUACCUGUUCUCUGAUGACUACCAUGAGUGAUGAUGAAUUCUCCAUUUCUUUGUUUAUUAUACUCUUUUUUGGUCUAUUUGAUUACUAUUUCGUUUUUUUUUUUUUUUGGUUCUGGCGUUUUUGGUACAUGGCAAUGUAAUUUGUAUUUAGA